AUGAAGAAAAGGCUCUUCCAGAUUUUAGGCUUCCUGAUAUCCACCCUGGGCUGGCUCUUCGUGUCCUGCACCAUGGCCAUGGACUACUGGAGGGUCUCCCAGAUCGGAGGCCUGGGAGGGUCCAACAUCAUCAAAGUGGCCUGGUACUGGUCCAACCUGUGGAAGGACUGCUUCAUCGACUCCACCGCAGUGGUCAACUGCAGGGACUUCGCUGUGCUGUGGUCUGUGACGCCCUACAUCCAGGGAGUCCGAGGCUUACUGAUGACUGGGCUGGGUCUGGGGUUCGUGGGCGCCAUACUGGCCUUCGUGGGGAUGGAGUGCACCUACAUCGGGUGGACUGAUAAGACCAACGACAAGGUCCUCUUCUCGGGCGCUAUUUUCCACAUCGUCGGAGGCAUUUCUGACAUCUCUGGAUACUGCUUAUACAUAAACAGGAUCGCAAGAACGGCCUUCAACCCAAACCUCGACCCCACAAGCUUAAGGUAUGACAUAGGCACUCCUCUCUUCCUGGGGUUGGUGGGAAGCUUCCUCAUCCUGGUUGGCGCCGUUUUUUAUUUGGUCACUGUGUUCAGAAUCCUCUUCCCAGAACCCAAAGUGGUGUACACGAACGCCUCAAAGUCAUACGUCACCCCGCGAACCAGAAGCAGGACGCUGUACACCGGAUACUACCGGCCCUCGCGCCAAUCACAGCGAUCAACCUUAUCUUCCGAGACCAAGAGUUCCGAUCUCUCCAACAUUUCUCAGAUCACUGACGAGAAAAUAUCGGACAGAGACGCCUUUGUGUGAAUAAACGAUGUCAUUUUUUUCAUUUUUUUUUUU